CUGGUUUGUGUCUGAGGAUGAGGAUUGUGCGCAUGCGCGGUCUCAAACCAGGGCUUGAUGGCGAUCUAGUAGCUGCCGGUUUGUUGUUGUUGUUAAUACGCGAUGAUGUCCGGAUCCUCAGCCGAGGCUGUGGGCAGUUACCCAGGCGGUAAGACAGCAGAUAAGGAUGCGGGGCAGGAGACGGCGCUGGGCAGCGCUUAUUCCCCGGUGGACUACAUGAGCAUCACCAGCUUUCCCCGUUUACCCGAAGACGACGUGACGGCUGGAGAAAGCGGCCUGAAAUCACGCAGAGACGAGGACAAUAUCCUAGGGGAACAUGACACAGACCCGGACCUGUUCCUGAAGUCGGCACGUCUGCAGCGUUUGGCCUCGUCUGCGUCAGACCUGGCCAGUCAUGACGCGUCUCCUCUGAGAGAGACGAGACGCGACCCGCUGGCUCAGGACUGCGCUUGUACCCGUGACGGACUCACCGUCCUCAUCACUGCCUGCCUGACCUUCGCCACCGGGGUCACUAUCGCCCUCAUCAUCCAGAUCUAUUUUGGAGAACCACAGAUCUUUAAUCAGGGUGCGGUGGUGACCGAUGUGGCUCGCUGCACUUCUCUGGGCUUCGAUGUUCUCGGCCAGCACGGUUCCAGUGUGGACGCCGCCAUCGCUGCCGCUCUCUGCCUGGGCAUCAUCCACCCUCACACCUCGGGCAUCGGCGGCGGAGGAGUAAUGCUGGUCCACGACAUUCGGAAAAACGAGAGCCGCAUCAUCGACUUCCGUGAAACGGCGCCCUCCGGGUUACGGGAGGAGAUGCUGCAAGACCUAUGGCAGAAGCCAGGUCUCAUGGUGGCUGUCCCGGGCAUGCUCAGUGGGCUGCGUCAAGCUCACCUUCUCUACGGGAAAAAGUCAUGGAAGGAGGUGAUCACGAUGGCUGCAGAUGUCGCCAGGAACGGCUUCAACGUGACCCAUGACCUUGCUGACGCCCUGUCCCAGAUAAAGCUAGAGAACGUCUCCGAGGCUUUCCGAGAGCUCUUCUUUCCAGACGGCCAUCCUCCUCUCUCUGGCCUCUUCGUGACACGGCAGGAUUUGGCGGACGUUUUGGACAGAGUGGCGACCAAUGGGAUCUCGGAAUUCUACGACGGAAAUCUGACACAGGAAAUGGCGUCUACGGUUCAGGCCAGUGGAGGCGUUCUGAUGGAGGUGGAUCUCAGUAACUACACCACGGUCCUCCAGGAGCCCGUACUGAGCCAUUACCAAGGUUAUCAGAUAAUGGCUGCACCGCCUCCUCAUGCUGGCGCCGCUCUCCUUACUGCCCUCAACAUCUUGGAAGGUUAUAACAUCACCAGCCAGACUCAGAGAAGCAGCGCCCUCCACUGGAUCACUGAGACUCUGAAAAUCGCCUUGUCUCUGGCCAGCGCUCUGGGAGACCCCGCGUUCGACUCGUCCGUCUCCGAAAGCGUAGCUCGGAUGUUAAGUAAAGGUCAAGCUGCUCAGUUCAGGCAGAUGAUCAACGACUCGUACUCCUCUCCUCCGGGCCACUACUUACCCAGUUAUGCUCUGGAGGAUGGCAGGGGGGUCAGUCAGGUCAUGGUCAUGGGGCCUGAUGACUUCAUCGUCUCAGUUAUGAGUUCACUGAAUCAGCCUUUCGGCAGCCGCAUCAUGACGCCGUCUGGAAUCCUCCUGAACAGCCAGAUUCUGGACUUUUCCUGGCCCAACAAGAGCCAGAGCUCCAUCCCACCCAAUCCGCAUAACAGCGUUCAGCCUGGGAAGAGGCCGUUGUCCUUCCUCAUGCCCACCGUUGUCAGACCCUCGCUUGGUGUCUGUGGUACUUACGUGGCUCUCGGAUCCUCCAACGGCGACCGCGCUCUCAGCGGCAUCACGCAGGUUUUGAUGAACAUCUUGUCGCUGCAUAAGAACCUGAGCGACAGUCUGACCGUCGGCAGGCUUCACCCUCAGCUUCAACUCGACACGCUCCUGGUGGAUGCGGAGUUUCAGAGUGCAGACGUGGAGACGCUGGAGCAGAAAGGCCACGAUGUUCAGAGGGUGGAGGUCAUAUCAUUGGUGGAGGGAACCAGGAGAACCAAUGAUGUCAUCAUCGGAGUGAAGGACCCUCGCAGUGUCGACGCCUCCGCGCUCACCAUGUUCACGUCCAUGCCCUAAUAACAACACCCCCACCCCCAUCCCCCACCCCGCUGCUUUACUGUGUGUGCAAUAACACAAACGGAGACUGAAUGUACAUUACUGACACAUGAAGAAAAUGCUGUGUUCAUUGUGAGGGUACUGAAUAAGACGCAUCUCUUGCUCACACACACACACACACACACACACACACACACACAAACACACACAGCAUGCUCAGACUUAAAGGUCACUAAACUACACAUCACUCAGACUGCCUAAGCUUCGGUUCAGACCUGGUGUUAACUGUCGUUCCAUGUGUCUACUCCGAUUAAAGGCGUACAGGUCGUCAUGGCGAUCGAGAUGCGAUCGAAUAUCUUAAAACGUGCAAUAGCCAAUUUUUUUUUAUUCUUUACGUUUGCAAAUAACCUGGAAGGAAUGUAGAAAGUGAGUAAAAUAAUAACAGUGAAUUAAGGCGUGGCUUAUACUCUACAGGCCAUAGUAAUUCUGUGGGCGGAGCUUCAUGAACACGGGCGGGAUUCGAGCACACCUUGAACCUAAGACCACUCUUGGGUACUGCACCUUUAAACCAUGUAUCUUUAACCAGAGGUCUCAAAUAUAUAUUUUUUUAAAUAAUUAAUUAAAAAUGAUAAUAAUCAUGAUGGUCAAAUAAUGAAUAAUAUUACAUUUAAAAAAUGGUUAAAAAUAACAAUUCAAGUAAAAUUGCUAUCCAAAUGAUAACGAUUUAGGAGUUUAUUUCCUCUUAUACCGCAGCAAUUUAUCAACAAAAGAAAAAAUUACAUUUAUUGAUCUGGAAUGAGGCGUUGCUAUAGAAACGAUACCAUUACUGCUGCUGUUCUAUAAAAUUAAUUAGCACCUUCUGACCAUUCGAGCUUCUAACAUCUAAUACACUUUUAAUCGAUUCUGUUAAAUACGAGCUAAACGUCGAUACCAGGUCUGAACGGGUUCUAGGAGAACAUCAUUUUAACACUAGGUCUCUUUUUUUUCCAUAAUAGGGAAACGAAGGCUUGUUAAAGGGGAGGGGCUUAAGUUUGAUACGAUCAGCCGAUCACUUUGUUCCCAUGUGACAUCGUUCUAACGUAUUUCCAGCUACAUUGUUAAUAAUGUUGGCUAGCUACAUUGUUAAUACCGUUAAUUAGUUACCGUAGUUAACUACAUUGUUAAUAAUGUUGGCUAGCUACAUUGUUAAAAAUGUAGUUACCGUAGUUAACUACAUUGUUAAUAAUGUUGGCUAGCUACAUUGUUAAUACCGUUAUUUAGUUACCGUAGUUAACUACAUUGUUAAUAAUGUUGGCUAGCUACAUUGUUAAUACCGUUAUUUAGUUACCGUAGUUAACUACAUUGUUAAUAAUGUUGGCUAGCUACAUUGUUAAUACCGUUAUUUAGUUACCGUAGUUAACUACGUUGAUGAUAACGUUAGUUAACACCGUUAGCUAGGUACAUUGUUAAUAACACUACCAAGUUAAAUUGCUAGUAAUGUUAGCUAGCUACAUUUUCUGUAUUAACGUCAGCUACCUACAUUUUAAUAGCGUUAGAUAGCAACAUAAUUUCAACGUUGCUGGCUUUCACAAAUGUCGCUAAACUGUCAUUAUCAUUAAAACCAGUUUAUGUGAAACAAAUGUAACUAUAGAGAGGUCACAUGAUCACAAGUGCAACACCAAGAAGUAUUAACCUUACGCCCCGCCCCUUUUUUCUUGAGCCAUCGAUCAGACGAUACAAAUGUGUCAAAUGUGUUUCUGUUUUCAUUUCUUCUGUGUAUCAUUUGAGGAUAAAUGAAACACCUUAUGUUAUAUUCCGGAAAUGAACUCGAAUAAAGCCGAUCACAUGGAAGACGGUUAACAGUAAAGCGAAAGGUUAUUACGUGUGAUUUUUAUUAAGAUUCUAAACGAGCUGGAUGUAAAUUUUGCUGAGAUGUUUAUGGAAGUUUAUGGAUGCAGUCUUUCUAAUCAAUUUUGCUGAAUCUUAUUUAUUGACGGUUGUCACUAUUAUUUGAUGGCGGUGUGUCACAUGACCGAAGUCGAAUCUUCGUUGAUGAGACCAGUUUAAUUUAAAGUAAUUCUAUUUAAAGAAGAAUCUGUUUCUCUCUUUAUUCUAUUGUUGAUUUUGGUGUUUUAUUUAUUCAUUUCGUGUAACAUGAUGUAUCGUAUUGCACUAUUUCUUUUUUUCUCUCUUUUCUCUAUAUACAGUACUGGAAUAUCGUGUUGCUUUGAAAGACAGGUUAUUUUCCAUCUGCUGAUUUGGAUGUGUGAUGUUCAGCUGGUUUUAGGACUAAAUGAAUGUUAAUGAGAGUGAAUUUGAUCACAAUGCCUUGAAUUCUUACUUAUGGCACAAAAUAGUUCUAGUUGUGUUAAAGUGUGUAGGAUACCAAUUUACUCAGAUUUAAUCACACCAACAUGAAGUUAGGCUCUAGUGGCAUCUAUACUCCAAGGCAUGAUGGUCAUCUGCUGUUCUAUUGUGUUUUAUUUAAUUUUUUUAUUUUUAUUUUACUUGUUAAAUGGCUGUGAAGUUCAAGCUCUUUUUUUUUUUAAAAAAAGAUGCGAUGAAAUAAACUCCAACACUGCAGUAACAUA